ACCUUUUUUAGAGCAAUGGAUAAUACAACGCCAGAUGAGAGGCUAAAAAGCACUCUCAACAGUUUUAACUGUCGAUGUACAAGUCUCUCUCUCUCUCUCUCUCUCUCUCUCUCUCUCUCUCCCCUUUAUCCAAACUUAAAGCCAGCACUGAAAACGGAUAAGAUGAUUGGCCUCAAGCUCAUUCAAACCUCCUUCACCCCCACCAAACAUGCCAGUUUACACACAGGACGAUUGUCCAACGCCAAGAAUUCCGUCUUGCGAUUCAGCAAGUCCAAUGAUUCUGAUUCGGAGUCAGAUGCUUCCCCUCCUGAAGGCGACACUCGCAAGCAAGAGUUGCUGGUGAGGAUAGCAAUGCUUCAAGCUCAGAAGGUCCGUCUUGCCGAUUACUUGGAUGAAAGGUCAGAGUAUCUUACCAAAUUUGGAGAGGAGGCAAACGCCGAGUUUGACAAGAUUGGAGAAGAUGCUCUCAAAGACCUGGAUGAAGCCAGCGACAGGAUAUUGGAGAAUAUAAACAGCCGCAUGCAGGCCUUUGAGGAAUCUGCAGGAGUGAACAUAGAGGAGAUGGAGAAAAACGAAAACGAGUUAGAAGCAUUCGAAGGUCAGAUUGAAAAAGAGCGAAACAAAGGGUUAUUUUUUAAGAAUUUGACCCAGGGCAAGCCGAAAAAAAAAAAGGAUGCUACCGAGGAAAUAAAUAAAAUCAAGGAGCUUACCAAAAAAAGUGCAGGAUCCGAAACCAGGACGAACAUUUACCUUGCACUAAUUGGUCUGCUACUCGUACAACUUGCCGACUCUUUCAUCACUUCAACACCUGAUUGGAGAAAAGUUGCAUUUCUCGGGGCAAUUUUUGUGGGUUUGGUUUCUCAGGUCAUCUAUGAGCAGAAAAUGUUAUCAGAAACAGAAAGUACAGAAGAGGGGAAGACACAGGAAGAAAGAAGAUGACGCCCUGCCUUGCCCUACCCUUAGAAGCAAAAAUAUUAUGCUGUAAAAUUUUCGGCCUCAACUAUAUUACUAAACAUAGCUUAGGUCUACAUAGAUAUAACAUGUUUUUUCCUGAUCAACUCAAUUGUAAAAAUUUUAGCCAUAACUCUUUUACGUUAUCCAAUUAAAAGUGUAGACUAUCUCGAAAAUAUGAGAAAAUCUAAUAGACAUUUCUAGAAUUUAACUGCCCAAAAAGACGAAUGGAAAUGAUGCACUACUGCUCCGCUACACAAAUAUAGCAUGAUCAAUAAACCCAAGUAAAUCUUACAACUUGGGUUUGAUACAUCAAGCCUUUAAUUUUGCAUCAUCAAAAGGUGAUCUUAGUGAUACUACUGUAAUCACCAAAAACUAUGUAACCGAGUUACAUAUAUGAUGCUUUAUGAAUCCACUAGUGUAUGUAUGACCUUCUAAAUGUUCUAUACGCACUA